ACUUAUUCCGAGUUCCUGCUUCCUGCUGGGCUAAGAGGCUGGCUUUUGUGACGUCAUCUUAAUCGCUGCGAGCCUACAGCGAUGUUUAUAACACUAAAUGUUUUGCUGACAAAUUGUGUUGUGAUGUCGUUUACAGAAGAAUGGAUGCGUGAUAAAUUAUUACUGAAACUGUAAACGUAUUGAAAUACCUUCGUUGACCUUAGUCAAGAUGGAUAUCACACAGCGCACACAGAAGUACGAUCUUUAGGAAGUCGUUUACAGAAGAACAGAUUUCUGUUAAAUUAUUACUGAAACUGUAAACGUUUUGAUAUAUAGGACACUGCACCAUUGUAUGAAAACAAUGUGUGAUAGUUUUGAAUGACAAGGAGACCACGGUGAGCUUAUUCAUGAUGGCCAUCACACAGCGCCUAAUGGAACAGAAGUACGACAUUCAGGAAGACGAGAACAUGGAUGACUAUGGGUCUAGUUACGACAGCACCACGAGUAAAGAUGGCAACUCGGCCAAUGGCGAUCAACGACGUUGCUUUAGUCUUACAGAUCAACAAAAGAUAUUAUUUCGCGCCUUGGCGGGUGAGCUUGUUGGGGUAUGUUUUUAUGUGUUUAUCGGGUGUAUGGCUACCCCCCACCCUGAAGGAGUGGACCCUGGAACUAAACACCCGGGAGCAGGAGCUAUACCUGUGGCACUUGCUCAUGGACUGGGUCUGGCAUUCCUCAGCGCUGCGCUGUUGAAGAUCAGCGGUGCCCAUCUCAACCCUGUCGUGACACUGGGUGUGGUGCUGUGUGGCGAGAUGGGCCUGGGGGCAGGGCUGGCGUAUGUGGCCACCCAGACAGUGGCGGGUGUUAUUGGAGCGUCACUCUGCAGGGCCAUUUUACCCGAGAAUGUAUAUAUUGGCAUUAAUGGCGGAGCGCACGUGUUGCAUGUGGGGCCCGGGCAGGGUGUCCUGUGCGAGGCGGUGUUGACAUGCGCAGUCGUCCUCACUUACAUCCUUGCUGUCGUCGACCCCAACACAAAGUCUGACAGAGGACCUAUCGCCAUCGGCUUCUCCGUCGUUGUCUGUACCCUCGCAGGAGUCGCGACAACUGGCGGUUCCAUGAACCCUGCAAGGAGCUUUGGAUCAGCUGUCGCCGUGAGUGCCUACAAUGUUGACGUGUGGAAGUUCCAUUACAUAUACUGGGCUGGACCUGUGUUCGGAGCCGCCAUUGCCGUAUUGUUUUACAGGUUCGUACUUGCAAGCCCUGAGAAACGUCUCGUGGUAUGUGGAUCCAACGGCUAUCAAUUCAAGACUGCUAAACUCUCUCAGAUGACGAGUUUCCCUCAAUCAGGACAACUUAAUUAAUGCAAUAGUUAGUGAGUGAUGCCCUAGCCACAACGACAAACGACUAGCCUAUGCAACAGCGUUAUCUUGCUGGCCUGUCCAAGAGCUUCUGUGAUGAACAGCUGAGGAGAUCAGGGUUGGAAUUGGUCUUCAGUAACCCAUGCUUGUCGUUGGUCACGAAUAACGGGAUCGGGUGGCCAGGCUCGCUGACUUGGUUGACUCAUGUCAUCGUAACCCAGUUGCGCAGAUCGAUGCUCAUGAUGUUGAUCACUGGAUGCGAUUAUUUACUGGCCGUCGUCAUAUAGCUUGAUUAUUGCUGAGUGCGGCGUUAAAACAACAAACAAACAAAACAGCGGAUGACUUCAAAGAGGCCUUUGAGUGUGAAACUCGCUUUAGUUGGAAGCGCUUAUAAAAUUAUACUGCAAGAAAUACACGUAUCAGGAGAUGUGUUGUAGAUACGAACCUACAGUGACGGCUUACGACUGAAUGCUUUUAUCACAAGGAUGUCGUUUCAGCAUAGGCCAGUCGUUUCAUUCCGGAUAAACCGAAUGGUGUUGCAGCUUUGUCUCAAUCGUCUAAAUUCAAAUCCCACUGCUUUUGGCGUGGGUUGGUGCGCUGAAAUAAUAUCAUAGGCAUGAAAAUAUAACGUUUAUGUAGACAAUCGGCAUGAAGCUUAAUUGCUAAAUGAUGUAAGUUUAUGAUGUUAUUAAAUAUAUAUCCAAACGUUAA